UGGGUAGGGAACAGGGCAGCGCCAAGAGCAGUACGAAGGGGUACAACCAAGCCAGAUACCUGUUGAAAUUUUAGACACCGAGGCUCCGAAGAGGAGAAAUGAAAAUAGAAAAGUGUAAUUACUUUAAUUUAAUUGGAAAAUAUCGAUUUUUUGACAUAAAGGCUGCCAACGAUGGGUGAUUCAAUAAUUGAGUUUUAAAGACUAUCAAAGAUGCGUCCUCAUAAGCAGCAGCUAAUUAUAACUUUGAAUCUUGAAGUGUUACAGAAUGUUAGACAUAAUCUGCUGGCUCUGGAAGAGUCCAUUAGAACUGUGUUAGGAAAAGGAGAAAAAUGGUUGGACGACGACGACGACGCUAUGACGUUUGUACAAAUGAAUCAAUUUCUAGUGAAUGAAAACUCUCGCUGUCUGCAAACUUGUCGAGACAUCGCAAGUGAAAAGGAGGUAGUUAACUCUUUGAAUACAGAUGCCAGUCAAAGCAAAGAAACAUUGGCAACAACGUUAGCUUCCGCUUCGUAUGCUAAAGAAGAAAGAACUAAAUGCCACACUGACAAUUCACAAUUAGAGGUGGUGUACAAAACAAUACCAAUAACUACAGAAAAUUGCUUUUUUGAACUGAAGGAUAACUUAACAAGUUUGAUAAAAUCUCUUUCAAAGAAAAUUAAAUCUUUACAGAAGAAAAAUACAGAACAAGAUACUAAGAUUAAAGAAAUAGAGUGGAAACUAACACAGGCUGAAAAUACAAAUAAAGAUCAAGAAAAGUACAUGGAUAAAAUCAUUGCCGAAGUCCAGUCCGUGGCAGAGAGUAAAACCAACUCCAAAUUAAAUGAAUUUAUUAUUGAACUCCAUAAGGCCAGUGAAUUUAUACAAAAUGAAACCGAUACGUUAUCAGAGAAAGUUAAAAAUUGUGAAGGCUGUAACGAAACAAUCUUGAAAAGACAAGAAAAUAUUGAAAAUAAUUUUAGAGUCAACAUUGAUAGUAUUACGAAAAAACUAGAGUGUUGUUUUGAUUUGGUAGCAGAAAACAAUAAGACAGCGAUUGGUCAGCUUCAAGAAAUGUCUGAUCAAUUGGUGAAUCAAAAAGAGUUUGAAAUUGCAGUAAAGAAAGAAAUUAAGGAAACAAAAGAAUUUCACUCUUUUCAAAAAUCUGAGAAUGUUAUUUUCUCAACUGAAUUAACUAAAAUUAGUGAAACUCUUCAUCGUGUUUCCAAAGAUGUUGAAAAGAUCAAAAUGGACUUCGCAAGUCGUUCAGCUUCUGUAGUCCAGACUGAAUCCUCUAAAGAAAUGAUCAUGGAAAAGUUGCUAAAUAAAGUUACAGAUGUUGAUGACAGGAUUACAAAGGAAUUGGAUACAAUGUCUCAAGAGAAAAAGGAAAUAAAUUCCAAUAACGUCACUGAAUCUUUUUGUGUUUACUGGGAUGAGUUAUUUGUAACAGAUGCCAAGAAAGACCAGAUUGUACAAAGUUUCAGUUAUUCAUACAGCCUACUCAAUACACAGUUGCCUCACUAUGACCAACUUACAGGUUUAUACACAGCGCCAUACGAUGGAAUAUAUAUAGUCAGCGUAAUGAUAGAAAACAGAACUGUCAUGAAGGUUCAAUUUAAUGUAUGUUCUAAAGAUCAGAGUGAAGAGAAGCUACAUGCUGUAUGUUUUGCUAAGGGAAAAAAGACGAGCCCUUCUGUUGCCUUUCCAGUCAUACUAGUGAAAGAUGAACAAUUAUAUUUAAAAUACUUUGAAGACUAUGAAGGUUUAAAAUUGGGCCGAAACACAACAUUUUCUUGUAUCCUUGUGAAGCAACUUAGAUUCAACCUCUGAAAAGUGUAAUAACAAUUACCAUUUAACCAUAGUAUAUAGUAAACUUGUUAUCAUUUGUUUGUAUACCUGGUAUUUUAUCAUAUUAUAUUUUGGUUAUAUUUUUAAGCAACACAUUUUCCAUUCAGAAUCAUUAUAUUAAUCUUAUAGCUAAAUAUCAACUAUAACAUAGCGUUACCUAAUAAAAUGAAACCAUUAUCUAUGUA